GCCUCUCCUACGCCUCUACUUUGUUCCCAGACCCCAGAGCAGGCAAGCCGAAUUGCUGCUGAUCGAGCAGUAACCAGAAACUAGAGCUCCAGGUGUACUGUUGCACACUCAGUGUAGUGUCACAGUGUCCUGGGUAACGUGUAAUCUGGGUUUCACAAGCUCUUUAUCAUCAGUUUUCCCAAUAUCAGUCUGGGAACCACUAAACUCGUCUGAGGUUUCAAGAGGGUCAUCAGAAGUAUCGUCCUUAUCGUCCUUACCAGCCUAUCAGAUCCCCUGCUAAAGGUACUUGACCGCUUGAGAAGAUGCAUGUGAUGUUCCUUUGCCUGGUGGGGAUGGUGCUGGGCAUCAGUGGGGCUGACUCGCAGAGAAUCAGCGUACUAGAUACAGAUGAUUUUCCCUCCAAGUUCCUUGCUGGCAGAGACCAUGUUGGGAGUUUCAUGGAUCUGAUGAAAAGUCAUUUUGACACCUCCCUUGACUUCCUCUUUGCUAGCAAAUUUUAUGGCAGCCAGUACAUUGAGCGCCCAGGAAUGGCCAAGUUACUUGCUGAAGAGAGUGAUCGCCACUGGGAAGAAGGAAUGGAUGUGCUCAAAAAGUAUCUACAGCUGGGAGGAGUUACACAUGAGGAUGGCUUCCUUGAUAAAAUGUCCUUCACAAGCAAGAAUGUUUUACCUAGCCAAACUGAACCAUCUCAUGUGAAGUACAUUAGCUCACUCAAGGCUGUGAUGGGGAAGUCUCGGGACAUGGUUAAUGCCUACACAGACCUGAACCAUGAAGCUGGCCGGAAGCAUGGUGGGAAUGGUGAUGCUGAUGUAUCCCACUUCCUCCAAGAAAAGGCAGAGAAAGAGUCUGAGGUGGCAAGGAAGAUGGCUGGACACUAUGUGACACUGCAGAAGAUGGAUGCUUCUGGUAUUGCUCUUGGUAUCUUUGACAAGGAGCUUUAAAUUUUUUUUUGUUUGAAUUAAUCAUUGCAGCAAGAUGAAAAGAUAUAGAAGCAUGUUAGGGCAUUGAUCAAAGUCAUUUGUUUUGCAUGGCUGCUGCAAUGUCAUUCUUUGAGAUAUAGGCUACCUAGGUAUUCUGUAAAGGAAAAAAUGUUUAUAUAUUAUUUCAAACAAAACUGUGAAUUCUUAGUAGAUUUUUAGUACAUAGCUAUAUACUUUUGAUGUGUAAAGCAAUUAUGAUAUAUUCAGUUGUUCUACUUAACUGUUCACAUUUAAGUGUAUGUCAUGUAAGAAAAAAGUUAAGCAUACCUAUAGAUGCUCAGUUGAUAUACUCUUAUUAUUAAAAGUUAAAAUUUUAA